AGUUUCUUGUUCCUUCAAAUGCCCCCAAGCAUGGACCCCACACCUCUCAACACCCAUCACCAUCACCAUCAUCUCCCUCCACCAUCACCACCACCACCAAACAGCAGCACCACCACCUCCACCUCCACCUCCACCACCAACAAUGCCCCCUCCUUCUCCUCCUUCCCUUCUCUCUCAUCUCCAAUAAAUAAUCAAAAACCCAUUUCAUAAGUACACACAUAAAUCCACACACACACACACACACACACACAAACUCUUACCCAUCUCCAAUUUUUUAUUAGCAUAAUCAGGAAAUCAUUUUUCAUCCUAUUUUUAUGUUAGCCGGCGAUGCCGACGCCGGUUAGCGCCGCCAGGCAAUGCUUGACUCCGGAAGCGGCUCACGCCCUCGACGAAGCGGUCUCCGUCGCGCGCCGCCGCGCCCACGCCCAAACAACGUCGCUCCACGCUGUCUCCGCCCUCCUCUCUCUUCCUUCCUCCGCCUUACGCGAGUCGUGCGGUCGAGCGCGAAACAGCGCGUACUCCGCUCGAAUUCAGUUCAAAGCUCUCGAGCUCUGUUUAGGUGUCUCUCUGGACCGACUUCCCUCUUCGCCGCCGCAGAGGGCGGCGGAGGAGCCGCCGGUUUCGAACUCCCUCAUGGCGGCGAUCAAGAGGUCUCAGGCGAACCAGAGAAGACAACCCGAGAGCUUUCAUUUGUACCAGCAACAGCAGAUUCAGCAGCAAACGACGUCGUCUUCUUCGUCGGUUUCGAUGGUGAAAGUUGAGCUUCAGAAUCUGAUUCUCUCGAUUCUUGAUGACCCAGUUGUGAGUAGAGUCUUUGGUGAAGCUGGGUUUCGAAGCUGUGAUAUCAAAUUAGCUAUUCUUCGACCUGUUCAUCAACUUCUCAGGUAUUCGCGAUUCAGGGCACCCCCUAUGUUUCUCUGCAAUUUGACUGCUGAUAAGGACUUGAAUCGCAGGGGUUUUAGUUUCCCAUUCUUGGGUUUUCCCGGGAUUUCGAACGGUUCCGAUGACAAUUCUAAGAGAAUUGGGGACGUUUUGGUGAAGAACAAGGGUCGAAAUCCGCUUCUUAUCGGUGUUUCCGCCACUGAUUCCCUUCGGAGUUUCUGUGAACUUGUUGAGAGAAGAAAAGGAGGGUGUGUUUUGCCAGUGGAAAUUUACGGGUUGAGUGUGAUUCGCAUCGAAAAUGAUGUUUCCAAGCUUGUCAAUGAGAAUUGUAAUCAGGAUUUGGUGAAAUUGAAGUUUGGGGAAGUGGGUGAAUUGGUGGAACAUUGUAUUGGACCUGGUGUGGUUAUCAGUUAUGGUGAUUUGAAGGUGUUGAUCGGGGACGAUGACUCGGUGGUUUCUGUUGCUGCGAGCUGCGUUGUAAGAGAAUUGACGAGGUUAUUGGAUGUUCAUGGAGGAAAGGUGUGGUUGAUUGGGGCUGCAGGGACUUAUGAGACAUAUUUGAAGUUUUUGAAUAGAUUUCCAUCUGUUGAGAAAGAUUGGGAUUUGCAGCUCUUACCCAUCACUUCUCUUAGGCCUAACAUGGCAGAGUCAUACCCUAGAUCAAGCUUGAUGGAGUCCUUUGUUCCAUUUGGUGGGUUCUUUUCUACAUCUGCUGAUUUGAAGAGCCCAUUAGGUGGCUCAUACCAAUGUCUAUCCCGCUGUCAUCUCUGCAAUGAAAAGUGCGAACAAGAAGUAUCUGCCGUUGCAAAGGGAGGAUUCACUGCUUCAGUUGCAGAACAGAACCAAUCUAGCUUACCUUCUUGGUUGCAGAUGACUGAACUCAGCACAAACAGGGGAUUGGAUUUUGAAGGUGCCAAAGAUGAUGGUUUGACGUUGAGUGCUAAAGUUAAAGGGCUGCAAAGGAAAUGGGACAAUAUCUGCCAGCGUCUUCAUCAUUCUGAACAACUGACAAAGACAAAUACUUAUCAAGUGGGUUCUCAAGUUUCAUCUGUUGUGGGAUAUCGAGUUGGUGGUGACAAGAAAGAAAAUGCCGAUAACCAGAGUAGCAACGAGACAAAUGCAUCUUCAAAUGCAAGUGGAUGCAGAAAGGUUACUUCAUGCACGUCAAUGGAUAUACAACAACAAAUUUGUAGAUCACAACUGAGCAUUCCACUUCCCGGAGUUUCAAAGGAUAUGGAUUCAAAUUUCUUAUCCAAACCGAGGGAAAAAACUUCAGAAUCUGAAGAUCUUGAGCUAGUCGGGCUCGGGUCUCCUUUGAGUUUGUCCAAUUCUAGUGUCGGUGAUGCUCAUACAUCUCCACAUUCUGCUACAUCCGUGACUACAGAUUUAGGUUUGGGAACAUACUCUGCAUCUACAAUUAGGGAACCGAAGAAACCCACAAAUCAGACUACAGAUCUUGAUUUGGCAACUGUGAGUACCUUCAACCAUCCAGCUCAAUCUUCAUCGGGCUCUUGUCUUGUUUUUGACAGGCAGUUUGAUCAGAGGGAUUUCAAGAUGCUGUAUAGGGCGCUGAGUGAAAGGAUCAGCUGGCAAGAGGAAGCGGUAAGUGCUAUUAGCCAAGCAAUAGCUCGUUGCAGGACAAGAAAUGAAAAGCGCUUUGGUGCAACUGUGAGAGGAGAUAUAUGGUUCACUUUCCUUGGACCUGAUAGCUUCAGUAAGAGGAGAAUUGCGUCUUCCCUCGUUGAGAUAUUAUACGGAAAUAGGGGAAACUUUAUCUCUGUGGAUCUAAGUUCCCAAGAAUUGAAUGGUUAUGAUGUGAAGUUCAGAGGAAAAACUGUGGUUGAUUAUGUUGUAGGGGAAUUGAGCAAGAAACCGUUGUCUGUUGUGUUCCUUGAAAAUAUUGACAAGGCCGAUGUGAUCACUCAGAAUAGCUUAUCACAAGCCAGGAGGACUGGAAGAUUUUUGGACUCAUAUAGAAGAGAAGUAGUUAUCCAUAACACGGUCUUUGUGACAACCUCAAGAUUCACAAAAGGCGAUAAAUUUCUCUCUUCUGCAGAGGAAACUGGAAACUAUUCUGAGGAAAGUAUAUUAAGAGCAAAGGGAUGGGCAAUUCAGAUGGUAAUUAAUUAUGCUCUUGGGAAUGGUGUCAUCAACAAUAACACAAGGAAAUUCAUCUCAAGCCCAGUCAUUUUGAAUAAAAGAAAGUCAAUUGGUACCAGUGAAAUCAUAGAAGAGAGUGAAACUUCAGAAAUGGCAAAACGGGCUCACAAGGCAUCAAACAUGCAUCUGGACUUGAAUCUCCCUGCUGAGGAGAUUGAAAUUCACAACACUGAAUGUGGGUCCGAAAACUUCAAGGUUUGGUUAGAGGACUUUGUUGAAUUAGUGGAUGAAACGGUAGUUUUCAAGCCAUUUGAUUUCGAUAAACUUGCAGAGAAAAUAUCAAAGGAGAUUAGUGAGUGCUUCCAUAAGAUUGUUGGCUCAGACUGUUCGUUGGAGAUCGAUUCAAAAGUCAUGGAGCAGAUUCUUGCAGCCUCAUGUCUAUCAGAAAACAAUAAAGUCAACGAUUGGAUCGAGCAGGUUCUUGGUAGUGGGUUUAUAGAAGCUCAAAAAAGGUACAACCUCACAACUCCUUGUGCUGUGAAACUUGUUACAUGUGAGGGCCUUUUUUCAAAGGAGCAAGCACCAGGAAUUCCCCUUCCUGCUAGAAUCGUUGUGAACUAAUGUAAUGUCCUCACACAGCCAUUUUCUUGUAAUUAGAUGUAUAAUCUAGUGUUGUUAGCAUCUAGAAAUCUGUGUUUUUUUUAGCUUGUUAGUCACGUAUUGUAUUGGGUUUUUCGAGGGUGUGUGUGUGUAAUACAUAUAGACUGCAACUACAGCAUGUGAUUAGCUUUCCUAGGGUCUGAAUCAGUUGUGUUGUAGCUGAUUGUUGUUCCAUAAUAUAAUUUGCUUGCACCAUUGUGUAUGUACAUGCUCUUCAUUUAGCUGAAAUGUAGUUGAUAGACAAGGCAGAGCCAAUAAUGAGUAUGAGAUUGUGCCA